GAAUUUGCCUUCAUCUGAGUCCCCCCACUGCUGUUGCUGGGGCUGUAGGAACGUGUUGAGGUGGUCUUGGAGGCAUAGUCUCUUAUAAAAUAAUGUUCAGAAAAGGGAAAAAACGGCAUAGUAGCAGCAGUUCACAAAGCAGUGAAAUCAGCACUAAAAGUAAGUCUGUAGAUUCUAGUCUCGGAGGUCUUUCAAGAUCUAGUACUGUUGCUAGUCUAGAUACAGACUCCACAAAAAGUUCAGGUCAAAGUAACAGUAAUUCAGAUGCUUGUGCAGAAUUCAGAAUUAAAUAUGUUGGUGCCAUCGAAAAACUGAAGCUUGAUGAAUGCAAGACUUUGGAGGGACCACUGGACUUAAUAAAUUACAUAGAUGUGGCACAGCAAGAUGGAAGGUUACCCUUUGUGCCAGGGGAAGAAGAAUUUAUAAUGGGUGUUUCCAAAUACGGUAUUAAAGUCACAACCUUAGAUCAGUAUGAUGUCUUGCAUAGACAUGCACUCUACCUCAUUGUGCGGAUGGUCUGCUAUGAUGACGGCCUAGGGGCCGGGAAGAGUCUGCUGGCUUUGAAGACGACAGAUGCCAACUAUGAAGAAUACAGCCUUUGGAUAUACCAGUGUAAUAGUCUGGAACAAGCACAAGCUAUUUGUAAGGUAUUAUCAGCGGCGUUUGACUCAGUUUUGACAUCCGAGAAGUCCUGAAUUUCUGCAGCUGCAUUUCAUACUGAGAGAGAAGUAGCGCUUGCUGUGACUGUAGCAAGUGGAAAUCAAAGCAAGUAUUUUGAAGGGAACAAAUGUGAACUUUUAAACUUCUUAAAAACUGCUUGAACAUACUGUUUGAAGGAGCAAGGUUCUGUUGUGCUUUUUGUAAAUAAAACUUGCUUGCUAAAUCCAUCUGAUGAAGAAAAAGCAACUCAGGCACAAAGCUCAUGGGAUGACUUUGGGCCAGUCAUUCUCUUGAUCAAUCAAGCCUACCUCACAGGGUGGUUGUGCAAAUAAAAGGGAGGGAGACCAGGUAUUGGUGCCUUAAGCUUCUUGGAGAAAGGAGGAAAUAAAGGUAUAAUAAUAAGAGCACAGCCAAGAUUUAACAUUGUACGGUAUGCUG